UACGAGUUUGACUGACGCAAACUUUACUCUUUUCUACGUCGCUUUCUUGAUUUAGUGAUCAAAACACAUGUCCAAAAGAUAUAAGACACUUAAAUAUAUCUAUAAUUCACAGGCGUCCCUAUAGCUGCACGAGGUUUAAUUGUACGUGUUUUAUAUGGCGUAGUUUGAUUUUUUUUAGAGCUCGUCUGUCGGUCGGAUACUGUGGCAAACAGCGCUCAGUAGUCAUUAUUGAUAUAUGUAUUCUGAAUGCAUCACAUAGGCACCACGAUCACACUCUUCUAUGUCGCAUACCUAAUCCAUCAAUUUGUACAUUUGUAAUGCACAGACUCCGUUUCGCAAACAGUUUGUCGGUCCGUACCAUUGGAUCGACAUCUGCCACACUGAAAUCAUACAUUUGUGAGUGGCCCAACUGUGGUCAGACAUGUACCAGCAUAUACCAACUGAAGGUGCAUAUGCAUGUGCACACGGGCGAACGUCCCUAUGAGUGUGAUUAUCCUGGGUGUGGCAAGGGGUUUUCUAAAAUCAGUGGUUUGAAUAGACACAAAUGCGUGCACACGGGCGAACGUCGCUAUGCGUGUGACUAUCCUGGGUGUGGCAAGAAGUUCUAUGAAGGUGGUCAUUUGCGAAGUCACAAACGCGUGCAUACGGGGGAACGUCCCUAUGUGUGUGACCAUCCUGGGUGCGGUAGGGCGUUUGCUCGAAAUGAGAAUUUGCGAAGUCACAAACGCGUGCAUACGGGCGAACGUCCUCAUGUGUGUGACUAUCCUGGGUGCGGUGGGGCGUUUACUCGAAAUGCGAAUUUGAAAGUACACAUACGCGUGCAUACGGGCGAACGUCCCUAUGUGUGUGACUAUCCUGGGUGCGGCAGGGCGUUUACUCGAAAUGAGAAUUUGAAGGUACACAAACGCGUGCACCAGGACGAACUUCCCUAGGAGUGCGGCUAGUUACAGAGUUCAAACGAUCUGAUCAUCUACGCCGCCAUAGACGCGUACACAAUGGCAAACAAGGCUCGGCCGAUUAAACUUAAGGUGCUGCACCAGUGAGGCUAUUCAAUAAAUAAACGCACGCG